AAUCCGACAUGUCUCGACAAAGCGCUGUACUCUGCUGCUGCUCUUCCUGGAGAAAGGUAAAAACUGGUUGAGCUGACAGAGGGCACAAUGGCGAGACUCCUUACAGCACUGGGUGUAUUGCUUGUUCUGCAUAUGGCUUCCUCCUAUAAGCUGGUGUGCCAUAUGACCAACUGGGCCCAGUACAGGCCACACGCUUCCAAGUUCACCCCAGACAACAUCGACCCCUUUCUGUGCACCCAUGUCAUUUAUGCUCUGGUCACCAUCAACAACUUCAACCAGAUCCACCCCCUGGAGUGGAAUGAUGAGCAGCAGAUUGGGAGACUCAACAGCCUCAAACUAAUUAAUCCAGAACUGAAGACUCUGCUGACAGUCGGAGGUAGAGCCAACGUGUUAAGUCCAUUCAUCCCCAUGGUCGCCAAGCCUGAGAAUCGGGCAGCCUUCAUCAAGUCAGCAAUCUCUUACCUGCGUAACCACAACUUUGAUGGGUUAAACCUGGCCUGGGAAUAUCCAGGACAUAAUGGCAGCCCACGGGAGGACAAGGAGAGGUUCACGCUGCUGGUUACGGAACUGUCCAAGGCCUUUGAUGAUGAGGCCAAAGAAAACAGGAAGACGAGGCUGUUGCUGUCAGCCAACGUUGCUGCCUUGCGUCCCACCAUUUUUGCAGCCUAUGAGGUCGACAAGAUUUCGCCCCACCUUGACUUCAUCAAUGUCAUGACCUAUGACUUCCACGGAUCCUGGGACGGAGUAACUGGACACAACAGUCCACUGUAUCGCAGCACUGUGGACUCCGGCUCACGCAUUCAUCACAAUAUUGACUCUUCUGUGACCCACUGGUUGACUCUGGGCGCACCUGCUGAGAAGCUGCUGUUGGGUUUCCCCACCUACGGCCGCACUUAUCUGCUCCGCAGCACUGCAAAUGGCCUGGGAGCCCCAGCUAGCGGCCCUGGAAAUGCUGGCUUAUACACUCAAACUGCUGGCUUUUGGGCAUUCUAUGAGAUCUGUACAUUCAUCCCUGGUGCUACUGUAACUAGGAUCCCUGAACAGAAGGUUCCAUAUGCCACCUCUCGCAGUGAGUGGGUGGGGUAUGAUGAUCAGCUCAGCUAUUCUUCCAAGGUCCAGUGGAUGACUGAGCGUAAACUAGGAGGUGCUCAUGUGUGGACUCUGGAUAUGGAUGACUUUGGUGGAUCAUUCUGUUCAGCUGGAGCUUAUCCUCUGGUCAACCACCUCAGAAUGUCCAUGGGUUUUCCUCCAAAGCCCACCACCACUCCAGGUCCCACUACCACCAAAGACCCUGUCAGUAGCUUCUGCCAGGGUCGCCCUGAUGGUCUUUAUGUGAACCCUGCUGAUGCGAACACCUUUUUCCAAUGCUACCUAGGAAAUACCUAUUUGCAACGCUGCCAGGCCGGCCUCAUCUACUAUGACUCCUGCAAGUGCUGCAACUGGCCCUAAGCCAUAGAAAUGGCAAUUGCAAUUUAUACGGAAACAUACAGCAAAUUAUGUUUGAAUAAAAAAAAGUUUUUGGCAGCUGGGAUGACAGUUAGGUGCGAUUAACUGAAACAGAAUGUCAGCCAAUUAAAAAACUGUCUCUUUAUUUUUUCUUUGGAGUUGAUUCAUCUGCUUCUAUAAACAAAAUAAACAGCCGUCUUUAAUGACUCAAUGAAAAAUAA